GACGCUUCUUGGGUGUGUUGUGUGUGUCAUGUGUCAUCCUGACUGCCUGUCUUGCUCUGCGCUAAUGAACUUUUCUGUCUCUGACAUGGCUAAAGUGGCGUGAGACUGGUCGAACAAAAAUUUUCUUUAAAAGAGAGCCUCGAACUGGGCCAGCUCGACGAGAUGUCUCAAACGACCAAAGAACCACGGAACCGACGCGGAAAUCACCAGAAAAAUGGAAACGGGCCCUUCGCAGGUAAUACGCCGUCGUCGUUGUCGUCGAAGCAAAAGGAGGGGAAGAAACAGGUCAACAACAAGCCCGACCCGUCGCUGGUGCUGUGGAAAUCUCCCCUGAGGACGUUGAAGUAUGCUGGGUUGGAGGUGGCCUCGUUGGUGCGCUGCUAUGGCAAACAGAUUACGGGCCGUCGGAAAUUGGCGAUUGGUUUGUUUGUGGCUUUAAUGACCGCCCUUUGCUACCUGCCUGGACCUCAUCAAAGAUUUAUCCAACUCAUCAAGACUAAUGGAUUUUUCGUCGUUUACUGGACGGGCCUUGGGGUGCUGUCCUCGGUUGGCCUUGGCACGGGACUGCACACGUUCCUGCUGUACCUGGGGCCACACAUUGCGAGUGUGACGCUGGCCGCGUACGAGUGCAACUCGCUCAACUUCCCCGAACCACCCUAUCCGAACGAGAUCGUUUGCCCGGACGAUGCCAAAUCGACGCUGGUGCCAACGAUGUGGGCAAUCAUGUCCAAGGUGCGGCUCGAGGCGUUCCUGUGGGGUGCCGGAACUGCCCUCGGCGAGCUGCCACCGUACUUUAUGGCCAAAGCAUCGCGACUGUCCGGAGGCGGAGAGUUCGAGGAGAUCGAGGAGCUGCAGCAACGCAAAGACCGCGGCGACAAGCUGGGCAUGUUCGAGCGUGGCAAACUUGCCAUGGAGAAGAUCGUCCAGAAGGUCGGCUUUUUCGGCAUUCUCGUGUGCGCCAGCAUUCCAAACCCGCUGUUCGAUCUGGCCGGCAUCACGUGCGGCCACUUUCUGGUGCCAUUUUGGACCUUUUUCGGGGCGACCCUCAUCGGAAAGGCCAUCAUCAAAAUGCACAUACAGAAGAUAUUCGUUAUCAUAGCUUUCAAUGAGCAUCUCGUAGAUAAGGCCGUCGACUUGCUGGUUUUAGUUCCCAUCGUAGGUAAAAAACUCCAGGAACCCUUCAAGACCUUCCUGCAGAACCAGAAGAACCGACUUCACCGCGACACGGCGGGUUCUUCGCCCAACUCAUCCAACAUCAUUUCAACCAUCUUUGAGUACUUUGUCAUCGCCAUGGUCUGCUUCUUCGUCACGUCCAUCAUCAAUUCGCUUGCUCAAAGUUAUCACAAAAAGACACAACAAACACAACAUUCUAAAAAGAACGCUAGGAAAUCUUAAGCUACAUCAGUUUAAUUUAGUGCUGUAAUUUAUUUCGAAGGGAUGUAAAUAAAUAAAACAAACAAAUGCGAACGCCAAAUAAAUAAAAAAAAAA